AUGGAAGCCUUCAAGGUCCAUGGGAGCGUGCAUAACUCAGUUGACGAGGCCCUCUUGUUAAAGAGGAAAUCAGAAGAAGUUAUGUUCCACUUGAAUGGGCGGUGCAUUUACCUAGUUGGAAUGAUGGGCUCUGGAAAGAGCACGGUGGGAAAGAUAUUGGCUGAAGUUUUGGGCUAUUCAUUCUUCGACAGUGAUAAUUUGGUAGAACAAGCAGUUGGCAUGUCUUCCGUUGCUCAAAUAUUUAAGAUUCAUAGUGAAGCGUUUUUCAGAGAGAAUGAGAGUAAUGUCUUGAGGGAUUUGUCCUCAAUGCGGCGAUUAGUUGUUGCAACCGGAGGUGGUGCUGUUAUUAGGCCAAUCAACUGGAAUUACAUGAAGAAAGGUCUAUCUGUUUGGUUGGAGGUGCCUUUGGAUGCACUUGCGAAACGUAUUGCUCAAGUGGGGACUGCUUCUCGUCCUCUCCUAGAGGACCUAGACCAGCCAUCUGACGAUCCGUACACAGCGGCUUUCACGAAACUGAGCAUGCUUGCGGAGCAAAGAGUUGAGGCUUAUGCGAACGCCGAUGCAAGAGUCUCUUGAAGGUACUAAUCUCGUUCUAUCAAUUUCUGCCCCCUUCAUGAUCCCGUUCUAUGCUAAUUUUGUAUGUAUUAUGGAC